ACGGUGUAUCCGUUCGUUUGCCGGUUCUAUAUAGCUCGUGCGCAUACAGGCUGCUUAUUAUCUAUAUUGUGUAUUGUAUUGCUACCUAAGUUUGUCUUUCUAAUUGUGUAACCGCGAUGGGAAAUCAAGAAAGUACUCAAAGUCUGUCAGAACAUGAAAUUGCUCGAUUAAGUGCGGAAACAAAUUUCACUCCUGCCGAAGUAGCACAGUGGUACAAAGGGUUUAAAAGGGAUUGCCCCAGCGGAAAGUUUACAAUGGCGCGCUUCCAAGCGAUUGCCGAAGGUUUCUUUCCGGCCGGAGAUGCCGAAAAUUUUACAAAGUUUAUUUUUAAUGGGAUGGAUUUAGAAGAGGAUGCGUCUCUUAAUUUUGAAAGUUUUAUUAAAGUAACUAGCCUUCUGGCGCGAGGAACGAAGGAAGAAAAACUCAAAUGGGCUUUUCAUGUACGUGAUAUCGACCAUACGGGGUUCAUAACGAAGGAAAAAAUGCAAUUAGUCGAAGAUUCCGUUUUCUCCAUGAUCGCUAAUCACGUACCACUACCCGAUGAUGAAAACACUGCUGAAAAACGAACUGAAAAAUUAUAUAACUUGAUAGAAAAGGAUCAAGAUGGCAAAGUGACGGUUGAUCAAUUUAAAGUUGGUCUAAAUCAAGAUCGGGACAUCGUUAACGCGCUUUCACUUCAUGACACCGUUCAAUAAUGGCAAUGUAUUUUAACCGUCUAUUUCGAAUUGGCUUACAUGCAUGCUGUGUGAAAAUAUUUGGAUGUAACUGUAUAAACUAGAAAUUGAGAAUUUA